AUGACACUAAUGCGCUCGAAAACGGGAGGAAAAAUCGACUGGAACAGCAAUGUAUCGCAGCAGCAGCAGCACCAGCAACAGCAGCAUCCGUCCAACUUUGCCUCCGUACACCGACCCCGGCAGCUUAGCAGCAUUGCGGCCAUCAAAAGAACGGCCAGUCAGAAUGCAGCCGAUGGUGGAGAGCCGUCGCAGUUCGCCAUCUACGGAACCGAGACGGAUCGGACGCAGCUGCAUCAUCAGCAGCAGCGUCCUCAGCAGCCGAAGGGAGGAAAAGCCUUGCGCUGCGAACCGUACGGAAUUAACCUGCUGGCGCGAUCGAAUGCUAAAGUAGCCGGGCUACCGUCGUCCGGCAAGGACCCGACGGCGUUCGGUAGAAUUCAGCGUCCGCUUGACUCCGGUGUCACCGGUGAAAACAAUGGCAGAAUAUUUAAUCAACCUUCGCUUCCGCUGCCGGUGCAGAUUCCGAAUCCUCCUUACGCUCACGCGGCCCAAGCGUCAUCGGUAACGACCGCUGGUCUGGCAGCUUCGUCACAUUACGGACACCAUCACCAGCAGCAGCAACAUCAGCUACAGAGGUUCCCAGCAGCGCCACAGCAACAGCAGACACCGGUAUCACAAAAGACUGAUUAUCCGCUGCAGUCUGGCGCCAUCAGACAGGGCGUAAAUCAAAAGUGCUCGAGUUCGGCUGCUGGUCCGCUUCCUCCCGCGCCCACGGAAUGGCUUGUAGAUUCAACCCGACGGUCGGCCUUACCUGCAGCGGUCGGUUCCAGCUCCGGCAGCCUUCGAUUCGCUGGCGGUAAACUAACUCCAAAACUGCUGAAUGACAUCUACGAGAAACACUUGUUGAGCCAGACCACUUUCGAGGUGGGCUCGGCUGGGACGAACGGUGCACUUUCGAACAACUCGCCGGCCAAACACGGUUCCUCCGAAACGGCGAGCCGAACGCUAACGAAGAGUGACACCUGGUUGCGUGCAGUUGCUGCCACCUUCGGAGGCUCACCUCAGACAGGUUCCAUCACGAAGGAUGGCUGCGCGUCGACAGCGGCGGUCGCUCAUAAUUACGAUCAUGCCCGCAACACUCCACCAACCACCACCACCACCAUCAACACCCGACCAACCGAGGAUAAUUUGUAUGAGUCCGUGCGAAGCAAUUAUCAUAUCUACGAAAAGAUUGACUCGCGAAGAUCCUCCCACAGUGGGCUUCCUUCCGAUGGGGCCACCCUCGAGCAAUACGUUCGUCCCGUCGCACCUCAGCCCACGGGCCCGUUGCCACCGCCCUUGCACCCGCGCCCGAAAUCACAUCCAGCCGGAGGAAUCGAUCCGCAUGCAAAUGAUGAACCGACCGGUCGGAUUCCGCCCGCUCCACCCGUCCGACAAAAUGCGACUCCGGUGAAGAUGAUUGCAUCGGGCGGACUUGGAAAUUCAACCCUAUCGCCGAUUCAGGAAAGGCCACCGUUGCCUCCAACGUCGACGAAUCGGGCGCCUCCACCAACACGCAGUGGAAGCACACGAACCGACCGAGUCAACAUUGCGCUCGAGACGGCCAAAGCCAUCGCAACGGCAGCAUACAUCGAAAGAGCUGCACAACGAUUGGCUUCCGGCGGUAACAGUGAAAUUGCAGCAUUGACUACGAACGCCAACGGCCCCACCGAAAUGAGUGCGAACGGCGGUUUCUGUGGAGCUAUCCAGCGGACGCCACCGCCGGUUCCGGCCGGACUGGCUCGCCGGAUGGCGAAUCGGGAAAACAUCGGCCUCGGCAAGGUCAAAGUCAUGCUCCGCGUGUCCGAUGACCCACCGCGGCAACCGGGCGACACGUCACAGGACCAGCCGGCGCCAGGAUCCACCACCACCACCACCACGGCCACACCCACCUACUUGACCGUGGACAAGAAGAAGCGCCAGGUGACGCUCACGGAGACGACUGGACUGCACGGAAGCGCUGCGACCGCUCAAUCCGAGCGAGGGCCGAUGGUGUCCGCACCGAAAAUGUUUGCAUUCGAUGCAUUAUUUACGACCGAAGACUCGCAGCAAGACAUAUGCGGAACGGCGCUCUCGGAGGUGAUUCCUGCCGUCCUGGAAGGCUCCGAUGGAUGUUUGCUUUCGCUAGGCUACCCUGGAGCAGGCCAAUCACGCACCAUGUUCGGCACGGUGGCGUCUCCCCCGGGAGACCUCGGCGCGAUCCCGUGCGCCAUCGCGUGGCUCUACAAGGGCAUUAAUGAGAAACGUCAAAAAUCGGGCGCUCGGUUCUCCGUGCGCGUCAGCGCGCUCGGCGUGAACGCGACCAAGCCGGGCUCGUCGUCGAGGGACUUGCUCGCCGGACAUGCGACAGAAUCGGACGAUUCCCCCGGCAUGUAUCUGAGGGGAGACUUUCUCGGCAGGCCCACGGAACUGCGUGCACCGACGGCGGAACGAGCGGCCCUCUUCCUCGACCUGGCCUUAACGGGACGAUCGCAGUGUAACUUCGAACCAGCCUUAAUAUACACCCUGCACGUGUACCAGUACAGCCUGUCGGGGAAGCGUGGUGUCGAGGGAGGAAGAAGUCGCUUACAUCUCAUCGAUCUAGGAGGCUGUGCCAAUCGGAACGGAGGUCUUCCACUGUCCGGCAUCGGGAACGUUCUGCUGGCGAUACUGAGCGGCCAAAAGCAUCCUCCCAAUAGGGACCAUCCACUGACGCCGCUGCUUCGCGACUGCCUUGCUCCCAUCACCUGCCACGUGGCGGUCGUUGCUCAUGUUUCACACUCACAGACUCAUACAGACACACUCACCACCAUCCAACUGGCAUCCCGCAUCCAUCGGAUGCGUCGAAGACUGCGACCACGAAAUCAUCUGCUAGGAGACAAAGGACUGAACAAUGGGUCAUCCGGGCAUCAGUCGGGUGGUUCGUCCGAGGGUCCCGAUCCGUCCAGCUCGGACUUCUCGCAGGACACGGUCAUCUACAUGGGCCCUUGCGACGAUCCGACGGACGGGGAACAUCCGCCGGUCUACCUGCCGAGUCUCAACUCCGGCGACAAUCGGUGCGCGAUGAACAAGGUGCUCAAGGGGACGGUGGCAGAGAAACCGGCGACCGCUACUCCGUCUCCGAAGAAGAAGACUUCCGCUGGGAGCACUUCGAAAGCCCAGGCAACGAGUAAUCCUACAACCUCGUGUGGUGUCGGCACCGGACGCACCGAUAGUUUGAAGCGCAACCAAAUGUACAGCCACCAGUCACAAGCGCUGGGUGGCCCUGAGCUGGUUUCGAACGCCAUACAGAUCGCGUCCCAGCACGCCUCGCCCAAAGUGAUAGCGGGAGCCUUUAAGCAUGUGUCUGGCGUCAGUAAAGGCUCCAAUAUCCCAACGCCAAAGGGGUCGCCGAUGAGGCGCUCCAAUGUAGGUCCUGCGACAAAUGCUGGCACCGUUGCUGCCGUUGGAGUUACCUCGGCUCGCGAAAGUCCUUCGCGACAGAUCAGCGAGGAGAAGUGGAUCGAUGGGCCACGGGUUUCCAAAUCGAAGGUCCACGAAGCGCGACAUCUGUUGCGGGAAAUCAACCACGUGAAGAAGUGCGAAACGUGGGUCGAUGGUCCGAGGACUCACGGUUCACAGAAUCCUCAGGGCUCGUCAGCUUCCGCCGCAGCGGCUACAGCUGCAGCAGUGGCCGCUGCAGCAGCAGGUAACGCCGCUGGAGGAUACGGGUUCAUGGAUACGCACAAGAAGAAUAUGAUUCGUCAGUGGGUAGAGAAUCAAUCCAUCCAGCUGCUCCAGCAAUCCAUGUCCGCAAACAGUUCCCCGAUGCACUCGAAGCACCACGCCACCUACAGCCUGCCAAAAUUCAAACCGAGUCGCUCGGACGAAGAUGGGUUCCUUACGCUCGAGAUCGACCGGGGCGAAGAGCUCGUUAACCCGAUAGCGAUGCGAGGAUUCACCGCGGCGUCCACAACCGCCGCCAACAGCUCCGAGAGCCACGUGCGAACCGGACUGAAGCAGGCGUACAGCCUGGACGCCGAGCAAAACCCAGUGCCAAUGGCGGUCCCGGCCGCGCAGCCCGUCAUCCAGCCGCAGCUACAUCAGCCGGUAUACGCCUCGGUUUGCACGGCGGCCAAAACAUCUCACGCGACCACCACUAACAACGUCGCUUCCAUGGCGGGUUCAAUUCACGACAAUCACUCCGAACGAUCACGCGCUCCAUCGCAGGCCAGCGAUAGGGCGUCCCACACGCAACAGCAACAAACGGAUCCCGCUUCAGCGCAGGAGGAGGAAGACCAGGACAGUGGACCCUCGGAAGUUCCACCGGCGUUGCCCUUGAUGGACCCACUUGGAUCCAGGGAAAUAUCACACGAGAGUAUUCACAUGCUCUGCUCGAGGCACGCCUCCAGAGAUGACGCCAUGAGUGUGCACAGUCACAACAGUCACAACAUCGGUAUGAUGGACUGUGGGCUGCAGGUUACCGAGGACGAGAUAGCCAAGGCCAUGAAGGGAGAGCAUCCGUUAAGUGCCCUCAGUCACGGAGAGCUGUCUAUCGUCUCGAGCUUCAAUGUUGGAGGUGAUGUCUUUAGUGAUUGUGUUAUCGGCGAUAGUAUGAGGAGCCAAUUCGACCAACUGGCGCGAUUGCGUGAGAUAUUCACCUCCCAGCUAGCGAUGGCCGAGGUGACACCUUCCUUCCGGCUUGGAGAUACCAGCAGCGUCUACAGCGAACCGGCGUACCGUUUCAACGCGGGCCCGGCAAGUGUUUGCAGUGAACCGGCGUACCGUCCACCGAGUCCUCGCUGCCGGGACUGUCGGCAAUCGCUUACGAUGUCCCGCACGCCCAGCCAAAGUUCCCUCCCAAGUCUGACGGGGAUUGUAGCGAUCGCUGGCAUGGAACAGUACGCUUCCCUACGCCAUCCGGAUGGAGCCUCCGAUCCGAACCUACCGAAGUUGGAGAAAACAACUGACGAAUACCUGGACGUGGAGGAGCUACCGCAUGGACAUAUCCGCGAGAAUCCGCUGGCCGAAAUGUUGUGUAACAUCGACGAAGACGAUGGGCAAAUGAAAGGACCCAGUGUCGCGCUGCUACCCCAACAGAACCUUCCAACGCUGCCCCUGCUGCCGCUCUCGACACCGGAAGCUUAUGAUAGUGGACAUGAUUCAACGCCACGCACAUCGAAACACUCCGGGAUCUCGCGACGCGCCGAAAGUGGCUACCACAGUGUCGGUACGGUGAGGGACAGCGAUGAAUCAAGCUUCGGGUCAGCCGCAUCGCGGGCCCACCAGAAGUCCGGUGCAGGGACGGGGAAAAAACGCAACCGGGCUGAUAACAAAUCACUCUGCCACUGGCUGCGGAAUCCGUUCAACUGUACCUACCCGGACACGGAGGGUGAAAUCAGUGACUUCUAG